AGUUUUACUAAUCUCUCAAAUAAACCUCAAUCGAUACAUAUAUAUAUAUACCGCUUUUCUCCAGAGUCUACCGCAAAUAACUAUGAAGGUCGCCGUCAUCUACUACUCUACCUACACCCAUGUUGAAACCUUGGCCAAGUCCAUCCAACUGGGAGUGGAAUCUGCUGGUGGUCAAGCCGAUUUAUUCCAAAUCGAAGAAACCUUACCCGAAGAGGUCUUGAAAGCCAUGUACGCUCCACCAAAGUCCGACGUACCACUUGCGUCUGUGGACACCUUGAAGGAAUACGAUGCGUUCUUGUUCGGAAUUCCUACUAGAUUUGGUAACUUACCUGCCCAAUGGAAAGCUUUCUGGGACCAAACCGGUGGUUUAUGGGCAUCUGGAGGGUUAUAUGGUAAGCCAUUCGGGCUCUUCAUUUCCACUGCCGGUGCCGGUGGAGGCCAGGAAGCCACCGCCAGAAACGCGUUGUCUUCGUUCAUUCACCACGGUAUGAUUUAUGUGCCUUUGGGAUACGGCGAAGCUUUCCCACUUUUGACCAACUUGGAAGAAGCUCAUGGAGGCUCUCCAUGGGGUUCGGGAGCCUUUGCUGGUGGCGAUGGUUCCAGACAACCAAGUAAACUUGAGUUGGAUAUUGCAGCCAUUCAAGGUAAGAGUUUUUUCACCACUGCUAACAAGCUUGUGGGAACCAGUGAACCUGAACCCACCAAGGAAGCGGUUACCACUGCCACUGCUGAUUCCCCCACGGAAAAGCCUGUUGCCAAGAGAGAAGCACAGCUGAAGCCUGCGGAGGCCGAAUCACAAUCGACUUGCUCCAAGUGUGUAGUUAUGUAAAAGUUAAUUGAUUAAUGGAAGAACCGCCGAACAAACAGCGACAACAG